ACCAUUGCUUGAAGCUAGGUGAUAAACGAAACAUAACUUCUCCGGCGCUUGAGUUUCAAAAUUCAGACGGGACACAACAACUUUUUGAACAUUUGACAAAAAACAAAUUCAACUUAAUAGCCUAUCUUACAUCAGUAUGGCACAUUAUAGAGGCCCAGACCCUAAAAGGGAACAGUUUCGGAGAUACUUGGAGAAAGCUGGUGUUGUUGACAGUCUUACUAGUGUUCUAGUGGCUUUAUAUGAACAACCUGAAAAGCCCAACAAUGCUCUGGAAUUUGUGACGCAGCACCUCAAUGCUGCUGGUCAGACGUCAGCAGACGCUGAGGCUCUGCAGCAGGAGGUGAAUGACUUAAGGCAGAGGUGUGCACGUCUGGCAGAGGAAACCAAAGACCUCAAAACAAAGCUGCAGCGUUACGAGCCUGAAGAUGGAGCCACAGCUGACUAGGCCACAGCAGCGCUUUGGCUUCUUUAUCAUAGUUUUUGUUUAUUUUGCUGUCACUUUCAAGACGUGAAUCCUCUUUUAAGAGAAGGCCAACCCUUUUUAUGUGUCUAUUUUUUGUAAAUCUUAUUUUCUGCUAUGUUUCUUAGAAUUUAACUUAUUCUGUACAUAUAUGUAUAUUUCUGUUGUUAUUCUGAUGUUGCUUGUUCAGCCUUUAGCUUAGCUUUACUGAAAGUGCCCUGUUAUACCGACUGGACAAGUCAGUUCAUUUUUUUGAGGGACGUUUGUUAGAAAAUAACUAAUGUGCUAAUAAUUUUAUUUUUCUGGCAUAGUUAUGAACAAGCAUAAAAUCUGUCCAUAUUUUAUUUCCAAAGAUCUGGUAAAACACUAAAAUUUAAGACACCAGUAAAAUAAAGCACAGUCUUGUAAUUAU